CGGUUUUAACGAAGACUCAUUGAGAAAUUCGCAUUCCGUUUCUACGCUCGAGAAGUUUAUUCAAGGCUAAAUGAAACGUACGUUGUCCUUUGGAUACGUUCUUGCGGAAAUCGGGGCUUGAAAAACAGACGAAAAUAAUUAUACAAAACGUCGGAUACAGAGAGUAACAGGUGCAAUUAAUGUUGCCAGUCGGCAUUUGUCAAUGAAAGCGUACGCGCCUCGCGUCAAAGUGUAACCCAGUAACCUACGACCUGGCGACUUGGACGUCCCAUCGUCGUCAGCCGCCAGCCUUAGCGACGCGCUUAAUCGAUAGGAAGCUCUUCGGCGAGCAGCGCAAAGCUCGGAGCUUUUCUGAUGUACGGGCCGCAGUAGGGCACGAGGCUUCGUGCACACGCGAUUACGGCUUGGAGGAUGCCGGCAGCCGAGGAGCGACUCGUCCAACUGAUCAAGUUCGGGACGAUGAAGAGGAUCCGCGAGCACGUGAAUAACAACCCGACGAUGGACCUGCACUAUCCAACGUGGCACUCGACGACACCGCUGACGACGGCGAUCGAUCGCUCGGAUCCGAUGAUCGUCGGCUUUCUGAUCGACAAGCUGCCGACCGAUCUGAACUCCACGCUGACGCAAGCCUGCGGCAGAACGGCGCUGAUGCACGCCGCCCGCUGCGCGAAGAAUCCGGAGAUACUGAGCGUGCUGAUUAAGAAAGGCGCCGACGUGAGUAAGACCGACGUGAACGGAUGGAGCUGCCUGUUCUACGCCGUGGUCGGCGAGCGGCUGAGCAAUCUUGCGGCGCUACUCGACUGCGGACUGUCCAUUGAGGCGGCGGACCGCGACGGGCGCACGCCCCUCAUGAUUUCCGUCUACCUCGCGAGCUACGAGGUGUUCAGCGGUCUGCUGGCGCGCCAAGCCGAUCCGAACGCGGUCGACAGGCACGGAUUGAACGCGCUUCAUCUGGCGAUAAUACGCCGGAGGCGCGACUGCGUCCUCGAGCUGUCGAGUCGGCGCUGGGGCGUCGUCGAGCGACCCAGUCCGUUCACCGGGACGUCCACUCGACGCCUUCGAGAGGAGAUCAUGCUCGACAUGCUGCCGUCAAAGCGACGAGCUUACGACGAGUGCGAGCACGAUGAUGGCUAA